AUGUCGAUAUCAAGAUCUUUUAUUGGGAAUGGCACUUUAACUAGCCGUCCUAUCGGCUCCAAUACUCUCUCCCCAAAUUCUGCGUCAAAUUUGGCUAUGUUGAAAUUCAAAGAUCAGAGCCUAUUCUGGGCUCUACAGAGCUUGCAAUGUGUCAAAAAGAACACGGGAACGAGAAAGGAGAAUAAUAAUCAAAGGAACUUCGUUGUGUACUCUGUUAAUCCUGCAGUGCCUCCUCCUUCCGGCCCUCCUUUCAAUUUCUUAAACUGGAUUAUGGGAUUUGCAGUUACAGUAGUUCUACCUUUCUUCAGCCAUAAAUGGGGGUCAUUACUGAAACUCAAAAACGAGGUUGAAACCACGGUGGAGACAAUAGAACACGUUGUGGAUGCAGUAGAAAAGGUGGCGGAGGAAGUGGAGAAAGUGGCGGAGGACAUCGUGGAUGAUCUUCCCGAAGGUGGAAAACUGAGAAAUAUGGUGGAUUUCGUUGAACAUAUGGCCGAAGAAGUAGCCAAGGAUGCUCAUCAAGUUGAAGAGUUUAUCGAUAAGGUUCAAGAAACAGAAGAGAAGAUGGAAACGUUUGUUGAAUCUCUUGUCGAUGAAGCCAAGGAGCCUCCCAAAGAUGGAAAUGAAGAGACAUUGGCCAGUAAACCUUAA